GUGUGAUAGAGAUGAAGAUGGACUCCUCCCCGUGGCUCUAUCUGGCUUGCGUCCUGGCAGUAUGUCUCGCCCCUGGCCAGACAGCUCUCACUGCAAGGGUGACCGUAUUCCAGGAUGACCUUCCCGCCUCUGACACGUGUGUACUCCCGUCUGUGCUUCCCGUCACUAUCCGCUCCCCCCAGGAAACCGUCACGCUGUCCCUCUCCCUCAACACCGAUAUGCAGGAGAAGACCCCCGUGCUGCUCAUGAGAAAAAGCAAAUCUGGGUCUCCCAUCUUCAUCAAGGACAGUCUAUCCGGAGUAAAGGUGUCAGCAAUGUACCAAGCGGAUACCAAUCUGGCUCAAUUUGAGGUCACCUGCAAGAUCCUGGGUUCAAGCGAACGCCGGUAUAUCCUUGACGGAUCCUUGGUGCUCUCAGAUGGCAAGGAGUACCAGAUGUCGAAAGCAACGAAUACAUUUCCGUGGCUGGACUACAUCGACAUAUACACGCUGACAGAGGAAGGAGGGAGCGCCCCUGGUUUUAACGCUGGACAAUAUCUUGAUGAUGACGGUGAUGCAUUGUCAGUACCAAAAGCUGGUUCAGACCUUGCCCGUAUCAUAACAAGUGACGUGUACAUCGAUGUAAUGGCGCUUAUAGAGAACUCUGUAUAUGAAAGAUGGCUGCUGCUCUCAUCGGACGGAACAGCCGCUGAAAAACGUCUAGAGGCCCUGGACAAUAUUCGACGAAACUUUGCUCAUAUUUUCAAUGCUGUUAAUCUGAGGUUCAAAACAGCGUCGGCGAACGUACACAUCAAACUAGCUGGAUUUAUUAUUGAGGACGUAGAAAGUGGCGAUUGGUUUGAUGGUGUCCGACAGACUGAGGCCGAUCAGACAAAGAUUGAAGCGGGGGUCCUGCUUGACACCAUGUGGGAUCUGGCAAAGACACCCGGCUUCCCGUCUCAUGACCACCUGGUGUCCUUCACGAGUGUGGACAUCUACUGGAACAAAACUGAUGGGACAAUAAGCGAUGUAAACGGUCUCGCGUCGGUUGCACAGGCAUGUAUAUCUCCGACCAGUAAAAGCGUGUCCAUUGUUCAGUACCAGUCUCACUUUACUGCUGACGUCAGGACAACGGCGCAUGAGAUUGGACACAGUCUCAGCUUUAGACACGAUGGUACUGCUUUCGGGAACGACUGUGACAGCGCUGACAACUACAUCAUGACAAGCACGCCAAGGACAUACGACACCACCAACAACAACCCCUACGUCUUCUCCAGCUGCUCCGCGGACUAUUUGGACAACCACGUUAAUAAUUACCUCACGGGCAGUGUCAGCACUGAUUUCUCCAAGGCGUGUCUCCUGGAGUCUCUGCCACAGGUAUCAGUCCCUGAUGUAACAGGGGAAUUCCACGGACAACAGUAUGAUGUGCAUGAGCAGUGUCAACUCAUAUAUGGUACAGGCGCUCGUUUGUGUACGGGUGUGGACUUGACGGGCAUCACAGUGUGCCAGAAGAUGUCCUGCCUUAAUCCAGAAAAUGGCAAAUGUUGGUGGCAUUAUGCUGCAAGAGGAACCACGUGUGGCGAUAAAAAGUGGUGUCAGGAAGGAGUGUGUGUCUACUCGGAAGACGCUCCUGUCGCAAACGAGGACUGUUUGUAUGGAGACAGGCCAGGUAUCGUCUACUCUCCCCUCAAUCAAACCUGCCCUGAAUUCAUCCCGGCCAAUCUCGUCAGCAGGUGUGAUUCUGAAAAUAACAGACGACUUUGUUGUGAAACGUGUACAAAACGUACUUGCAACAAGGAGUGCCUAAACAACGGUUUUUUGAACAGCACCUCUUGUCUCUGUGUUUGUCCGACGGGUUCGUCUGGGGACUUGUGUGAGACGAACACAUGCACUAAGACGUGUCUCAAUGAAGGAACACUGAACACUGAUACCUGCACGUGUGCCUGUAGGGAAUUCUACACUGGAGCCACGUGUCAGACGAACACAUGCACAAAGUCGUGUCAAAACGGAGGCACACUGACCACGGAUACCUGCACGUGUGCCUGUAGAGAGUUCUACACUGGAACUACGUGUCAGACGAACACAUGCACUAAGACGUGUCUCAAUGGAGGAACACUGAACACUGAUACCUGCACGUGUGCCUGUAGGGAAUUCUACACCGGAGCCACGUGUCAGACGAACACAUGCACUAAGACGUGUCUCAAUGGAGGAACACUGAACACAGAUACCUGCACGUGUGCCUGUAGGGAAUUCAACACCGGAGCCACGUGUCAGACGAACACAUGCACAAAGUCGUGUCAAAACGGAGGAACACUGACCACUGAUACCUGCACGUGUGCCUGUAGAGAGUUCUACACUGGAACCACGUGUCAGACGAACACAUGCACUAAGACGUGUCUCAAUGGAGGAACACUGAACACUGAUACCUGCACGUGUGCCUGUAGGGAAUUCUACACUGGAGCCACGUGUCAGACGAACACAUGCACUAAGACGUGUCUCAAUGGAGGAACACUGAACACAGAUACCUGCACGUGUGCCUGUAGGGAAUUCAACACCGGAGCCACGUGUCAGACGAACACAUGCACAAAGUCGUGUCAAAACGGAGGAACACUGACCACUGAUACCUGCACGUGUGCCUGUAGAGAGUUCUACACUGGAACCACGUGUCAGACGAACACAUGCACUAAGACGUGUCUCAAUGGAGGAACACUGAACACUGAUACCUGCACGUGUGCCUGUAGGGAAUUCUACACUGGAGCCACGUGUCAGACGAACACAUGCACUAAGACGUGUCUCAAUGGAGGAACACUGAACACAGAUACCUGCACGUGUGCCUGUAGGGAAUUCAACACCGGAGCCACGUGUCAGACGAACACAUGCACAAAGUCGUGUCAAAACGGAGGAACACUGACCACUGAUACCUGCACGUGUGCCUGUAGAGAGUUCUACACUGGAACCACGUGUCAGACGAACACAUGCACUAAGACGUGUCUCAAUGGAGGAACACUGAACACUGAUACCUGCACGUGUGCCUGUAGGGAAUUCUACACUGGAGCCACGUGUCAAACGAACACGUGCUCUCGGUCGUGUCUCAACGGAGGAACACUGGACACAGAUACUUGCACCUGCGCAUGCGUCGCUCCCUUUUCGGGAACCGUGUGUCAAUCGAACACAUGCACGAGGUCGUGUCUCAAUGGAGGAACACUGAACACAGAUACCUGCACGUGUGCCUGUAGGGAAUUCUACACCGGAGCCACGUGUGAAACGAACACAUGCACGAGGUCGUGUCUCAACAGAGGAACACUGACCACUGAUACCUGCACCUGUGCCUGUAGAGAUUUCUACACUGGAACCACGUGUGAGACGAACACAUGCACUAAGUCGUGUCUUAAUGGAGGAACACUGAACACAGAUACCUGCACGUGUGCCUGUGGAGCAUUCUACACCGGAGCCACGUGUGAAACAAAUACCUGCACUAGAACCUGCAGUAAUGGCGGUACUCUGAACCGAGAUACGUGUACCUGUUCAUGCGAUCCGUUGUGGACUGGUAGCACAUGCGCACAAUGUUCUAGAGGGUGUUUGAAUGGUGGAACACAACAGUCAGCCACAUGUUCUUGUUCCUGCAGGGACGGCUACACCGGAACCUACUGUGGAACACCGCCUAGUGGUUGUUCAAGGACCUGUCAAAAUGGAGGCACUCUGGACACUGCUGCCUGCAAAUGUACCUGUAGUGGCAACUAUAUCGGAAACUCGUGUGAAACCUGUGGAACUUCAUGUCCUGCAGGUCAGGAACUGCGCGGAGCUAACUGUGUCUGUAUCCCGACAGGAGUGAAAUGUGAUGGAACCGACACUUGGCUCUGCACAAUUCUGAAGGUGUCCGGCAAUUGUGUGAAGUCACUCAAUUUCAUGCGCCAAUGCCCUCAAAAUUGUCGCACAUGUGAGAUACAAGCCCCGGAUCCUCUUACAAGCAGCGGUUAUGAAUAGAAGCAAGACUUAAUGGUCAACAGACGCCUUUCUGAGAACCGGUUUAUCAGAAAUAAAUUAUUCAAACACACA